AUGGAGAAGGCCCAUAACUGGGAAUAUGUCCGGAGCAAAUCAAAAGGCAGCCGCGCGGUAGCCCAACAGAAGCUUGAUGAUGACGGGUACCCGCUAAAUAACCACGGCAUGAUGCUUGAUACCGAUCUCAGAAACACGCCUGCCUCUGCCUCCCCGCGGUCCCUAAUUACCCCACCAGCCGGCGUUGACUUCAUUCUCUUUGAUGAUCAAGAAGACGCAAUCGGUGACCAUGACGACAACCUUUACUCCCAUUACGCCGACGCCCACAAUGUCGAGUCCUAUCUUCCCUGGACAUCACCAACAACCCGGUUGCGGGACAACGAACUAGUCCUUGAGAGGUUCAGCCAGACCUACAACAGCAUGCAAGCAAACGCGAGCACGGCCGUCGGCACCUACGGAGUUGGACCGGGCCUUGCGCUCUCUAACUUUCCGUCUCACGGUCUCCAGCACUACCCAAAAAUCGGCCACCCAGUACCUUUCACCGCGAAUGUUACGAUCAAGGUCGAAUCCCCCAUUUUGACUCUCGACACGGCGAUUCCGAGGAAAAGGAAGUACGAGCCGGUUGAGGCCCCCCUGGCCCACUUGGAGCAAGUUCCCGCGUCGACAUCUAGCAUGCGGCCGAAUCCCAGCCAAAAAACCGGAGCAGGUCAGGGAACGCCGACCCCAUCCAGAGCCCGUCCCGCGUCUAAAUGCGAAAACAGCAGCGGAGAAGACGUUGGCCGCCCGAAGAAGAAGACAAAGCCCAAUUCUACCGAAGACUUCGACGACAUGAGCAUGCCGGACAUCUUCCGCCAUGCUCACCCUACUUUAUACGACAAGGACCGGUCGGACAAAUACUCCCCUUGCCACACUGUGCAUCGAGAGAUCUCGACACUAGUCCGGCACCUAAGUAGGCCGGCCCAUCGCCUCACUGUGACAGAGCGGGCCAUCCAUUCCUUCGACGUCCAAGAUUCCGACUUCAGGCACCCAAGGGUUGGCGUCUGCCGAUCCUGCUGGAGGACUUUCGAUAAUCGCCCCGCCUUCGACGACCAUUUGUCCCGUUAUUGCCAGAGGGUUUCUAAGGGGAAAAAGGAGAAGUGGCGUGUUCUGUUUAAGAGCUUCACCCCGCUGCAAGGCUCAACAGAAACUCGUUUCUUGAGCGCCGAGUCAACCCAGCAGGCCGAAUCAGGGCUGGGAAGAGUUUCCGACUAUCCCGAUGAGUCCCUCAUUCUCGAUGUUGGCGAUGAUUUUGAUGCGGCGAGAACUCCUUCGACCUCAGUCCCGUCGCCCGUCACUCUUUCGCUCGCAGACCCUGCUGCCACCGGCCCGGGCUCUGAGCGAUUCGUUCCCGCCGACGAACACAGCAGGUUGCAAAUGGAACACGAAGCCUUGCGCGAAAGGCACCAGCAGCUCGAGCGGAUGGCGCAAGCCCUCCUGAUCGAACACCUGAUGCAAGAAAAUCUUAAGCCUGCCACAACACUAGACCACGAUGUCAAGCCGCCAUCUUCGGGCUCGCCCAAGAAGAGCUACUCCGCCACCUCGCCAGCGAUUUCUGAACGAGACAACCUUGUCCAGCACAUGGACUCACAGUCCACUGAUGUCGACGUGCAUGCCUUCAUGGAGGAAGUGGAAGGCACCCGCCAGUCACCGUCGCGCAUGAGUUCCGGUCUCACCACCGCCUCCCGCUCGACCAUCCACCGUGUUCCGCCGAGCCCACCCUCCCGGCAUGCCGAGCUCCCAGACGCGAAACAAGGUGACCAGACAAGCCACCAAACCAAGGACACUCUUCCCCAUCGGCCGCCUCCCCUUCCGUCGAUCCCUGACUCUGGCUAUGGCACCGAAAACAGGCGCGGAAGCCUAGGCGAUCUCCUCGCCGGUGUAGGCGCAGGUGCAGACGCAGGGCAACUGGAAACUCCCUUGAGGCCACGGACCCCCCCAUCCUCCUCCGAGGCAGCCCAGGAGCCCAAAAGAACUCCCGGGGGCGAAGGGAUUCCGUGGGGCAAAAGCCUCUCACAACAAACUCCGCGGGUCAGCGGCAUCACUCCGUCGUCCUCUUCUUCCUCUCUGUCUCAUCAUAACCAAGUGGGGUUCCUGACCGACCAGUACAUGGCCGACUACCACGAUGAUUCCUACGACAUGUUUUACCAAGACAACGAUUUUCAGGCUCUCCCUUCGUCGCCCGGUUUCACUUUUGAUUUUACCUCGCAGGCCGAGUAA